AACUUAUCGAUUUCUCUUUCUAUAAAUCUGCAGACUCUUCUCUCUAUUUUUCUUUUUCAUCUGUGUCUCUCUCGGAAAACGCAAGAACGGAAUAUUCCUGUGUGCUCGCUAAUCUCUGCAACUAACUGCUCGCUCGCUCUCUCAGUACUAUGGCAACCGUUUUCAGAUCUCGCCGAGCCUCCGAGCCCCGAUCGGGAGGAAAAGUGGUCCGAGGCAGGCGGGUUGCCGCCCCGAGGACUCCGUACGAGCGGCCAAGAUUGACCAAUCCAGGUGCUUCCGAAAACCCUAGUUGGCUCUCCAGGCUCCUUUACUCCCCUACUCGUCUCAUUGCUAGCGGCGCCGGAAAGAUAUUGUCUACUGUUUUCUCUCCCGAGCCUUCGUCUUCUUCGUCUUCUGCCUCGUCCUCCGGUGGCGAUUCAAGUUCCGAUGAUGAUAUUGAGAAUGAUGACGACGAUAUAUCUACUCGGAGGGAUAAUAGAUUGAUACAGAAGGAUGGAUCAUCAGAGAUGAUCAAGCGCCUUAGGAAGAAGCCCCAAACACCAGCUGACAAGAGUGAGAUUAAGCGUCUAAUUGAACAGUUACUUAUGCAGGAGACCUUCUCGAGGGAAGAAUGUGAUCGGUUAACUAUGAUCAUUAAAUCAAGAGUUGUGGAUUGUCUCACUUCCACAGAUGCAGAGGAUGGGAGACCAAGUACGAUGCUCAAUAAAACAAUUGAUAGUGAUAUAGACAUGCCUGAUCUCUGCAGCACAGCUGUUAUGGAGGCAAAGAAAUGGUUGGAGGAGAAGAAGUUGACAGAUCCAAAAGAUUUGGAUCAUGGAACCGGCACUUUGAAUUCUGUUUUGUUGCCACCAGUUACCGAAGUUGAAGUGGGUUCACCAGUGGAUAUGGCCAGAUCGUACAUGCGGGGACUUCCUCCAUGGGCCUCUCCUUCUGCAAAACAUAUUGAAUUUAAGUCCCUAUCUCCAAUAGGGAUACAGCUUUACAAGGAAGAAACACCAUAUUCAAUUGGUGGGAAUUCUGUGUCAACAUCAAAGCUGAAAAGGGAAUCUCCUGGCACUGGCUCAUGGAAUAUUCAGGAGGAAAUACGAAGAGUGCGAUCAAAGGCAACAGAGGAGAUGCUAAGGACUCUGCCAUCCUCUAAAAUUGACUGGUCUCAAUUUGCUUUAGAACGUAAAAGUAGCCUGAAUUCUCUAGCGACUGAAAAACUAGAAGAUGGUGAUGGAGAUAAAAGGCAGAAAUCAACACAACCAAUAGAUGCUUCUUUGAACUUGGCCAUAGGAGAAGCAUCUAAUGGCUUCCCAGUUUCAGUGACACAAGAUGUGCUGCAAAAGGAAGUUUUGUCUCAUAAUCCAGCUAUUAUUGCUUCUGAAAAAAAGCAGGAUUUGGAAGCCACUCAGAUCUUUUCGGAAAAAGGAGGCUCACAGGAUGGCACGAAAGGGAUAUUAAUUGAUGGAAAAAGAGUCCAAUCUUCAGCAGAUAUGGAGACUCAAACACCCUGUGAUGCUAGUCCUGGAAAUGUUGAUGGUCUGAAGGAUGAUAUUCUGACAAACGAGCAGCAUAACUCCACAGUGGGAGGAACCACACAAGAUUCAACAGUACCCGACAGAAAAUUCUUUUCAUCAAAAGAGAUGGCUGGAACAGGAAGUGGAUUUGCUGUUAAUGGUUUCCCUUCUUCAGGAUCUAGCUUAUCUGCAGGACGAGAUGCAGAACAAAAUCCUGAGCCCCAUGACAAGGAAAACAAUCACAUCAGUACCAGUCAUGGUAAGAUAGCCACAAGUGCUCCUAUGGAAGAAACCUGUGAGCUUUUGAGCGAGGCUUUCAUUGAGGUCCCGAACGUAAAUGACAAUGAUGGCCUAGCCUCUUGUGAUGUUCCAAAUGUAAAUGAGAACGAUAGCGUAGCAGAUGACUCCUUAGACAGUUCUAGUAUGCAGUAUGAAGAGUUGCCUCAUGAGGACCUGUCUCAGCCAAAUUCAAAAGACACUGUGGCAGGCAAGGCUAGCAACAUUGUUGAGAAGCAACGGGGAAAGCAAACCAACAGAUACAAUAGGAAGGGCAGGGGUAGGGGAAGGGGUAGGAACCAAUGAUGCCAGAUUCUUCUUUUGGGCUAUAACUGUUGUAUAACUCACUGUAAACUAGUCUAGGAAAUUAAGGAUAAUGCCACGGUAGGGCAUUUGUAAGUUAUUAAAUUGAUAAUGAGUUCAUGUCAACUA